AUGAAACCUGUUGAAGGCCAGUUCAAUUUUACAGGAAAUUAUGAUUUGGUGAAAUUCAUCAAAUUGAUUGCUGAAAAUAAUUUGUAUGCAAUCCUACGACUUGGUCCUUUCAUUCAGGCAGAAUGGAAUCUUGGAGGACUUCCAUUUUGGCUGAGAGAUGUACCCAACAUCAUAUUCCGGUCAUAUAACGAACCCUACAUGACUCAUAUGAAAAGAUACAGCGAAAUGAUUAUAAACAUGAUGAAGAAGGAGAAGCUAUUUGCACCUCAAGGAGGCCCAAUUAUCCUUGCACAGAUUGAAAACGAAUAUAACCAUGUUCAAGAAUCAUAUCGUGAGAAAGGUAUUCAAUAUCAAAAGGAUGCCCCUGCAAAUGUAAUAAGUACAUGCAACGGAAGGCAUUGUGCAGAUACCUUUGGCGGGCCAAACGGCCCAAAUAAACCUUCUUUAUGGACCGAAAAUUGGACUGCUCAAUAUCGGGUUUUCGGAGAUCCACCUUCUCAAAGAGCAGCAGAAGAUAUCGCAUUUUCAGUUGCUCGAUUCUUCAUGAAUAACGGAAGCAUGACAAACUACUACAUGUAUCAUGGUGGAACCAACUUUGGAAGAACAAGCUCGUCGUUUGUGACCACUCGUUACUACGAUGAAGCUCCCCUUGACGAAUUUGGUUUGAUAAGAGAACCCAAAUGGAGUCACCUUAGAGACCUCCACACGACUUUGAGAUUGGUAAAGCAGCCUUUUCUUUUGGGUACUCAAAAAGUCAAAAAUAUCAACAAAUUUGUCCAAAUUAUCACAUACGAGAAACCAGAAAGCAACAUUUGUUUAGCGCGAUCUGUCGCCAUUCUUCCUGAUUGCAAAACUGUCGUUUAUAACACAGAACUUAUCGUAUCACAACAUAACUCAAGGAGCUUCGUACUUUCAAAGAAAGCGAAUAAAUUUAAAUGGGAAAGCUAUCGGGAACCUAUUCCAAUAGCUAAAGAUUUACCAGUUAUGAGUAAAACACCAUUGGAACUCACCUCCAUGACAAAAGAUACCACAGAUUAUAUGUGGUAUAGCACAAGCUUACAUCUUGAUAGUGACGAUCUACCCAUGAGACCAGAUAUCUUGCCUGUUAUUCAGAUUCAAAGUCUUGGGGAUGCAUUAUUGGCUUUCGUUAAUGGAGAAUAUAUAGGAUUUGGACAUGGGAGCUUCAUUGAGAAGUCAUUUUCGUUCUCCAAACCUGUGAGUUUGAAGACUGGAGUCAAUCACAUAUCGAUCUUGGCAAUGACUGUGGGACUACCGAAUAGUGGAGCGUAUAUGGAGAAGAGGUUUUCGGGUAUUCGAGCUGUUAUUCUACAGGGUAUGAGUAGUGGUUCUCUUGAUCUCACGCUUAACCAAUGGGGUCAUAAGGUUGGCAUCGAGGGAGAAUCACUCCAAUUGUACACAGAAGAAGGAUCCAAGAAAGUUAAAUGGAACCCAGCCAGUGGACCAGGAACACCUAUUACAUGGUACAAGACGAAUUUUGCCACCCCUGAAGGAAAUAAUCCGGUUGCGAUCAAGAUGGAGAGAAUGGGCAAAGGUGUAGUUUGGGUCAAUGGUAAUAACCUUGGUCGUUAUUGGGAAAAUUAUCGUUCACCUCUUGGGGCCCCUUCUCAAACCGAGUAUCACAUCCCAAGGUCAUUCUUAAAACCAAAGAACAACCUUUUGGUUGUGUACGAGGAGAGCGGUGGAACCAUUGAUGGUGUUGUGAUCAAUACUGUCAAUCGCGACAUUAUUUGUAGCUUUAUGUAUGAGGAUUAUCCGCCAAAUAUUGACAUAUGGAAAAUGGAGGGAGGUGUUCUUAAGACCACCUUGGAAUCACCUAAGCCAGAAGCUCAACUUACUUGCGACCCUGAUAAAUUCAUCAAGGAAAUCCAAUUUGCGAGCUUUGGCAACCCUUGGGGAUCGUGUGGGACAUAUAUUCAAGGAACAUGUCAAUCUCCCAAUGCCAAGCAAGUAGUUAAAAAGGCUUGCUUGGGAAAGAAUAGUUGCAGAAUCCCCCUCGAUAGAGCAAUUUUGGGCGACCCAAGCGGUGACAAAUCUUGUUCUCAAGACAAAUUUAAAAGACUUGCUAUCCAAGUGAGGUGCGCGAAGAAGAAAGAUGAGUAGAUAUAGGAUUUUUCAAAUUCAAAAGGGUGUGUUUGUGACAUUUUUGGCAAAUUGAAGGGGCCUUUGUACAACAAAGAAACUAAAACGCUUUGAAUGAUUGCACUCGAA